AUGGAUCGAUAUGUUACUGGGUGUUCUUGCUCAAACUCAUCCAAUUUUGCUAUUGCCGAUAACACAAGUGCAGAAGGUUAUUAUUCAUGGGCACGCUCAUAUGCGAUAGCUGAUAAUUUCUUUCAAUCUGCUAUUGGUGCCAGUUCUGAAAACGAUAUGUAUUUUGCAACAGGUAAAUUCAUAUUUUUGGAUAAUAGUGUAAUUUCACAAAAUCCGAAUCUGAAUGGUGCACGUUGUUAUACCAAAAAUUUCAAAAGUUAUUACAGUACAACGAUCGCAGACUUAUUGAAUUACUGUGGCAUCCACUGGACAUUCUAUGCCGAAGGGUAUGAUCAAAAUCCAAACAGUACUCAAUGCUAUCCAAAUUAUUACGAUGCAACUGAUAAUCCAUUUACGUAUUUUCCAAGUUUGAUAAAUUCUUCAGAACGUUAUUCCCAAAAUUUUAGAGAUUAUACUAGUUUGUAUUCUGAUAUUAGAGCUAGAAAACUGCCAGCUGUUAGUUAUGUCAAAGGAUUAGGUAUUCAUAGUGAACAUCCCGGUUAUGGUACAAUAACAGCCGGUGAAACAAUCUCACAAGAUGUCAUUAAUGCUAUAAAAGAAUCGAAUACAUACGGAGAAAAUACUGUUAUAUUUUUGCUUCCAGAUGAAAGUGGUGGCUUCUAUGAUCAUGUAUCUCCACCACCACAAAGUACAAUUGAUAAUCAACCAUAUGGUCCUAGGAUACCAUUUGUCGCUAUCGGACAUCAAAUUAAAAAAAAUUAUAUUUCACACGUUCAGAUGGAACCGUCAAGUUUAAUUAAAUUUAUUGAAUGGAACUGGCUUAAUGGUCGAACUGGUCAAUUAGGAACUCGUGAUACAGUUGUUAAUAACAUUGGCGACAUGUUCGAUCAUAAAAAAACCGGUGUUAAGAUCCCUUCACACUAA